GACGGCGGGCGGGCGCAGCAGCUGUCUGAGCGCCGGCGCGGGCUGGUGGGUCCCGCACCCUUCCUCGUCCUAACUCUCCGCGCCUCCGGACAUGGUGGCCCCCGGCUGUGUGACUAGCCGGCUGGGCUCGGUGUUCCCCUUCCUGUUGGUCCUGGUGGACCUGCAGUACGAAGGUGCUGAUUGUGGAGUAAAUGCAGAUGUUGAGAAACAUCUUGAAUUGGGCAAGAAAUUACUUGCAGCUGGACAGCUAGCUGAUGCCUUAUCUCAGUUUCAUGCUGCAGUAGAUGGUGACCCUGAUAACUAUAUUGCUUAUUAUCGGAGAGCUACUGUCUUUUUAGCUAUGGGCAAAUCAAAAGCAGCACUUCCUGAUUUAACUAAAGUGAUUGAAUUGAAGAUGGAUUUCACUGCAGCAAGAUUACAGAGAGGUCACUUAUUACUCAAACAAGGAAAACUUGACGAAGCAGAAGAUGAUUUUAAAAAAGUGCUCAGAUCUAAUCCAAGUGAAAAUGAAGAAAAAGAAGCCCAGGCCCAACUUAUAAAAUCUGAUGAAAUGCAACGAUUGCAUUCACAAGCCCUUACUGCUUUUGAAAGCGCAGAUUAUGCUGCUGCUAUAACCUUCCUUGAUAAGAUUUUAGAGGUUUGUGUUUGGGAUGCAGAACUACGGGAACUUCGAGCUGAAUGUUUUAUAGAAGAAGGGGAACCUAGGAAAGCUAUAAGUGACUUAAAAGCUGCAUCAAAAUUAAAGAAUGAUAAUACAGAGGCAUUUUAUAAAAUCAGCAUACUGUAUUACCAACUAGGAGACCAUGAAUUGUCCCUCAGUGAAGUUCGUGAAUGUCUUAAACUUGACCAGGAUCAUAAAAGGUGUUUUGCACACUAUAAACAAGUAAAGAAGCUUAACAAGAUGAUUGAGUCAGCUGAGGAGCUCAUCAGAGAUGGCAGAUAUGCAGAUGCAACCAGCAAAUAUGAAUCUGUCAUGAAAAUAGAGCCAAGCAUUGCCGAAUAUACAAUUCGUUCCAAAGAAAGGAUUUGCCACUGCUUUUCUAAGGACGAGAAGCCUGUUGAAGCUAUCAGAAUAUGUUCUGAAGUUUUACAGAUGGAACCUGACAAUGUGAAUGCUCUGAAAGAUCGAGCAGAGGCCUAUUUAAUAGAAGAAAUGUAUGAUGAAGCUAUUCAAGAUUACGAAACUGCCCAGGAACACAAUGAAAAUGAUCAACAGAUACGGGAAGGUCUAGAGAAAGCACAAAGGCUAUUGAAACAAUCACAGAAACGGGAUUAUUAUAAAAUCUUGGGAGUAAAAAGAAAUGCCAAAAAGCAGGAAAUCAUUAAAGCAUACCGAAAAUUGGCAAUGCAGUGGCACCCAGAUAACUUCCAGAAUGAAGAAGAAAAGAAAAAAGCUGAGAAAAAGUUCAUUGACAUAGCAGCUGCUAAAGAAGUACUCUCUGAUCCAGAAAUGAGGAAGAAGUUUGACGACGGAGAAGAUCCCUUGGACGCAGAGAGCCAACAAGGAGGUGGUGGCAACCCUUUCCACCGAAGCUGGAACUCAUGGCAAGGGUUCAAUCCCUUCAGCUCAGGCGGACCGUUCAGAUUUAAAUUUCACUUCAAUUAAACCGACUUUUUCUGCUCUUCUAAAUUUUUUUAAAGAUUAAAAACAAAGAAACCUUGUUUCAGGAUCCUAAUGAAAAAAAUUUUCAAAUCUUUCAGUUUGUCCACGACCAAAGAGUUGUUUUAAUAGGAAAAAAUCUGUUCUUACUCAUUUUAGACUUAAGGUUGAGGGGUUUGCAAGGGCAGGGGGGCAAGGAAUGGUUGUACUGCUGACAAAGCAGCCUGUACGCAUUUUAUGAAGGUCUGCAAGAAGUGGUCUGAGGUGUGCUCACCUGUGGAAGUGCUCACAUAUUCUCUAUCUUAAUACACUGAGGAGAUUUUUCUCUUCACAGCCUUGGAUAGUAAGUCAGUGCCUACGUGUGUGAGGAGGAGCUGUAAUCUUCAUAAGAAUGGGAUGUAUUUCAGUAUUCUUAAAGUAUGAACAUUCUGAGCUGUAUGUUGUUAGGGACAACUAUGCUUAGAUUUUGAGUCUUGUCACUUGUGAAUGUCUGUAAAUCACUGAGCCUCCUUUAGUGUGCAUGUGUUUAUACCUCUCUGCUGGCGCCAAAGUGGCUGACACUGAAAAGCGCACAGAGUCCAUCUUUUAGGAACCUGCCGUCAAAUGGUAGUCGAUAUAUCCAGGUUUAGACUUUGGAUGGAUGUUAACCAUAUACCUAUAUAUUUUUUUGUUCAGUACUAAGAAGAAAACUGAAAACCACUUAAUUUGAAUUUAAUCAUAAAAACCUAUGGGCCCUUGUGUUUAAUAUUAAAUGCAACAAAUUAACCAAAAGUAGUAUGUAAAAGAGGUUCAGAUAAUAUAGCACUGGUAUUAUUUAAAAUAUUGCUGAAGUGCAGAUUGAAAUACUUUUUAAACUGAAGUUUUGAGUUGUUACAUAGAAUUUCCUCUAGCAGGAUUGGCUUAGAGACGCAAAGUUGCUCAGUCAACAUAAGCAAAUGCAGAAUGCCAUAUUUCCCACUUUUAACAAAUACAGUGCAGUAGCUUCUUUUUCUCCUCUUUUACAUCCAGACCUGACCCUCUGGCUGUAGUGACUCUCAGGUGGCAAUGUUUGCUGGUGUGAAACAGUAAUCUGCCCCUCUACUGCACAUGAGGCUUCUAGAUGUUCUCCUGCCUAGAUGAUGAUACAGGCUUGCAAAUCUAGACAGCUCUGGCUAUAUUCCCACUAUCACUUCAUUUAAUAAGACAGCAUCUCCUCUUGAGAUACCUUACCUUUUAAGAAGGUAACUGAGAAAUGAACUAUUCUUUGUAAACUGGAUAAUUUUUGCCCUAAAAAGAGUGUUACUUUAAUUAAGAACAAUGAGUAUUUAUAGAACUAUUGAUGCUGCAUUUGAAAAUCUAAGAUAAUUACUGUAGAUACACAUUAUUACCUUUAUUCUGGAAAGGUUUUUGCCUGAAAGCAUUUUAAGCAUUAAAGGGUCUAAUAUAUUGUUUUUAUGAAAUCAAGCAUUUUGGUUUGUUGUGGGGAGCAUCCUGACCACGAACGGCUGUAACAGCCAAGCACAAAUUGUUUUCUUCCACAGUCAUAUCCUGAAAAAUACAUGGAAAUUUUUUUUUUUUGACUGAGACAAAAAUCACAUAGUUGAGCAAAACACUUAAGUGCUUUUUGCAUCUAGUUAGGAGAUAAUUCAUUUUCAAAAUUAGUGAAACUUUCAGCUUUCAUUUUGUUUUAAUAUCUAUCUCAAAAUUCAAGCCAACGUAAAAAUAAUUUCCAAGGUAAAUUCAUUUUUGCAUAUUUGUUAAUCUUGGUAAUCUCAUUACUUCACUAGUUAUAUCAGCAACUUCUUUUUUCAAUCUGGUCCUUUGUAUAUGAUGUUACUGUUACCCUUUGAAAUAUAGUGAUGGCCUCUACCUACUUUCAAAAGUUAAGAAUUUUCACACAGAAUCAGAACAAAGGAAAUAUCAAGUCAUUUGCCCUUUUGGAGGAGAGGAUGGAAAGUGGCCAACAACAAGGACGCAGAGGGUGUUUGGGACGGCUGAGGAGUGGGCCUAGUUGCCUACCGACCCAGAGGCUUGUUUGCAUUUUUAUUUUCUCCACUUGUAAUAACCAUAAUUUCUGUUCCUGAAGUCUUACCGUGGAUUUGAUUUAGUCAUCUUUACAGAAAUGUACAGUUACUUGCCUGUUUUCAGUGAAGAGAAAGGAGGAGCUAUGGUGCCAAGUGUCAGCACCAAGGAAGGAAAUGAAUUCUCUGGAAUCUUGUUUUGCUGAAGUAAUAAUCUUAAAGUUCCAGUCUUGACGGUCACUGGCAGUCUUCACGGUCACUGGCAGUCUUCUGGUGUCACUCAAAAGGAAAGACGGUUACUCCAUGCUCUCCUUAAGUCUUUCCUCCUGCGCCUGACAUGGGAUAUCAUUAUGCAACGUAAAAACAUCAUAUACUAACAAAGCAUUUUAGUUUUGCAGGGAGAGGGCUACUUCCACUUUCCAUAGGUGCCUAGUAGUCUUUGUGGCUCUUUGGGGAAAAGUAAAAUCAGAGGCCUUAGCUGUAUUACAUUCCAUUCUUAAACCACUCCCCUUCCCUUUUUGGUGAUCUCCAUGAGUAGAGUAUCAUUGGUUUGUACUUUGUGGGUAUUUUCCACAGCAGGAAGUAUUAAACACAUCAACCUAGAAAUGGUGUGAAAAAAAUUCUAAAAAGGGAGACUAAAUUUAAGUCAUUCCUCAGUUCUGAAAGUUUGUGCUUUCUUACCAUGAAUAGAUGAAAACUUGAAAACAAUUUCAAUAGUUUACUAACGUGAAUUGGGUGUAAUGUGAAUUUACUAAUUUUAAAAUGUCUUUCUCGUUAGUAUUAAAGGUCUGUUUUUAAAUUUCAGUGUGAAGACAAAUUUUUGGAACUCUGAUAACAGAAUCUAAAAAUUACCCAGUUUUUUUUGAGAAAAAUAUUACUGAUACUGAAUAGAUAAAAAAGCUAAUAGAAUAACAAUUUGAAAUUGGCACCAUUUUCUAUUCAUGGUGGAUAAUGAAAAAUUUCACCUUUAAAGGCAUGAAAUUGGUCAGAAGUUGUAUUUGGCCUUUACCAUGAGAAAAGUACGUAAGACGUUUAAGUUUAAAAUGACGCCUCAGUCAGAUGUGUUGGAGCCGACUGCCUUCCAGACCCAAGGGUACUGGUCAUGGGACUUGCAGUACACUUCAGAGGGAAAACCUAGAGAAACUCACGCAACUUUGUUGAAUGUAGUUGACGUUUCCAUAUUUAUAAAGGAAGGAGGACGGCAAAUGCUAACUUGUCAACAGCUAAUAUCCUUACUUAAAGAUCCUUAAGUCAUAUAUUCCUAUUUUUGUUAGUGGCAGAGUUUAUUCUGUAAUUUCAAAUGACCAGAGGUGGGGAUUUUUUUUUUUUUAACAGAUGAUCUCGUUUACUGAAUGAUUAAGAGUAAAAUUAGCCACUGCGUGGCUUUGUGUAUAGUAACAGGUUUUGUUGCAUUAGUCAGUGGUUGAAACACCUGCAGUGGAAAGCAGAGCUUGGAGGAAGUAAAAAUGGGAGAUGUCUGAUAAGUUAAAAUGUUACUCUUACUAUAAGGUCAUUGUUCUGAAUGAGAUAAGACUAAGUAACGUAAUCCAUCUCAAUUUAGUGUUUUAAUGAAAAAGGAACCUAAUUGAUUUGAAAUUGGUCUCAGACAUGUCUACAAAUAUGGGUACUAUUUAUAUGCCCAUGUAUUUUCACACUUAAUAAAAAUAUUUAUGGUCAUAUCAGUA